AUGAAAGAUCGGAUGGAGCGAUGUGUGGUAUUGCCGUUUUCAUUGGGUUGUUCAACGCAUUCCAGCGUCGCCGUGGCUGAUACUCAUCAACAAGACAAGAAAUCAAACCAACUCGUCAAGAGAAGAGAAGAAAGUGAUGAAAAUGGCUUGUUUCGAAAAGAAGACACAAAGAUAGACAACAACGGUGCUAAUAUCUCAGAUGGUAUCUACAAAAUUAUUCGAAGCUUCAAGAGUUUUUCUCACUUUUUCAUUCGUUACGAAGAGGAGACGGAAGAGAGAGAGGCGGAGAUGGAGAUAGGGUUUCCGACGGACGUGAAGCACUUGAGCCACAUCGGAGUAGAUGGAACCAUGACCACUUUUGACGUUUGUUCCACAACCACCUCCUCUUCUUUUCCAUUCGCCGGUUUCCAUCUCACUGCCGUCUGA